AAUAAAACUUCAUGCAUCAUCAUUUCUACUAUGACCCGAGAUCGCUUACGUGUGAAUUACCCCAAUUACGAAUUAAGUGCACUUAGGCGUUUCUGAACUCAUAGCCGUGAAAGUGGGGACUUAGACUGUUACAGAAAACGCCCCGCCUAGUAUUUCUGACACUUGAGUGGAAAGAUUCCCCCGCGGAGGAUCACAAAUUCACGGUGAAGAGAGUGAGAUUCAGUGGUGGUGGUGAAAACUACUGCGGAAAAUUGAAAAAAAAUGGCUCAGGAAAGUGAUUCUCCGUCCGCUUUUUGCACGAGGCUCAGGGGAUACCUCAGGGAUUCGCCGUUUUUCUGUAAAAUUAUUGAACUCGUGUUCUGCGUCAUUUCCCUGGGAUUAAUCAUCGAUCCCAUCAAUAAUGGAAUCAACAUGAUGAGUGAUAACAACUGUAAGGGACUUGUUUACCUAGCCCUGUGUGGCUACAUAAUGAUCAACGCAAUCGUCAUAGUGUGUUACCUGUGCGGUGAGAAAAUGGUGAAAAAUAUGGCAAUGUGUUUUACAACAUUGGGAGCCCUCUUGUGCCUGGGUGCUGGCGUAGUAAUCCUCCACAAUUACGAUACAUACGACAGGAAUAUGCUGGGACCGAACAUUGACCAGUACUUGGAUCAAAUGCUGGCCAGCGGAAUUUUCGCCAUUCUCGCUUCCGCUGCUUUCGCGGUCGAUAUUUAUUUAACUAAUAAAUAUGAGGAGAGUUGAAAUGCAAUAGUCGAUUACAUUGAUAAUGCUAACAACGCCAUGGUUGGUUUUGUAUUAAUUUAACAUGCUUUCAUAGUGCCUCAACAUUGAUUGUAUUUUUUGAAUAAACAAACAUUUUUUACGUA